UUCUGUUCUUCUUGUUCUGGCCUGCUCUGGUCUCCGCUGAUGGAGCCCUCCUUCCUUCCUUCCUGCCUCCCUUCGCCCUUUCCUUGGUUCCCUCUUCUUGAUCUCCAUACAUCGCCGGCUGGCCGCUUGAGCGGCGAGUGACGUCAGUUUUGCUCCGCCCUCUUUCUGAGUUGCGCCGCCGUUGAGACAAUCAUCCAUCGUCAAAGAUCGUCACCGCUCUAGUCGCCGCCAUUGCCGACGACUCUCGGAUCGCCAUUCAGAGCUCUGAUCCGUCGCCACCUGGCCAAAAGAGCUUGGCAAGGGAUUUUCAAGUUUGGAAGUGAUUGUUGCGGGCGUGUUUGGACAUGGAGGUCCCAGUCUCUCUACCGAUCUCUCUUAUUGACAAUUCACACAUGAUAAAGCUUCACGCGUGAAGAGAGCCAAGGAGCUUUACUGCCAGGAAUUCCAGGUCUCUUGGGUGACUUUAAGUGGUCACACAUCCAAAGUAAGAAGAACAAUUCCCCCUCGACUAUCCUGAAGUGGUGGCGAUUGUUUAUUAGUCUGUCCACUGAUUCUGGUUCAGUUUCCCGGGAUACCAGAGUGAUGUGUGUGUCUCUUUAAGCCAGUUCCAAUUGUUCCACCAGAGGUUCCCUCGAACGAAUUCUCAGGUGGAGGAAUCCCCCCACAAGAAGGAAACGACGAACCUUCCCUAUCGAUUCGAGUUUGCUUGGAGAGGUGCAAUUUGGUGUUAAACAAGUGUGUUCUGCCACUGAGGCGUUAGCAAGAUUGAGCCUUAUUCCGACCACCCAUUUGAUCUCGCCAUGAAAGAUUUCCGCUAUCAACAAUACCCAGCAUCUCUCAGAACAGAUUCCGUUACAGGUCAUAGCGGAGUGAAUCAACUGGGAGGAGUCUACGUGAAUGGCCGGCCUCUGCCUGAUUCAACUCGACAGAAGAUCAUCGAGUUGGCUCAUUCCGGGGCCAGACCAUGUGAUAUUUCUAGGAUCCUGCAAGUGUCCAAUGGCUGUGUGUCCAAGAUAUUGGGAAGGUAUUACGAGACAGGGACCAUCAAACCUCGCGCAAUAGGUGGCUCCAAGCCUCGAGUGGCCACGUCCAAUGUAGUGCAAAGAAUCUCCGAAUACAAGCGGGAAUGUCCGUCGAUUUUCGCGUGGGAAAUCCGAGACCGACUCUUGUCCGAUGGAAUCUGCAAUAACGACAACGUGCCCAGUGUCUCUUCAAUCAACCGCGUGCUUCGGAAUUUGGCCUCGGCCAAGGAACAAAACGUCCAGCACCACCUCAGUUCGGCAGCAGCUGACAGCGUUUACGACAAGCUAAGGAUGUUCAAUGGUCAGGCGGCGGCCAGUUGGGCGUGGUAUGGGGCCAAUCCCACUUCACAUCUGGGUCUGGCCUCGCCGACGGCUGCACCUUCACCUCAUCAUAAUCCAAGCGGUGGCGUUGGCGGCGGUGGAGGUGGUGGAGUAUCUGCCCUUGGAGGGGGUGGCGGCACUCACCCGGGUCUUAUAUCGCCUCACCAAUUUGGAAGAGACUCCUCAGAAGAGAAGAAGCCUGGCUCAGGUGGUUUCAGCGAGUUUGGCAGUGAUAGUGGAGUGAACGAGGCCACCUCGGACGGGAAUUCGGAUCACAACUCCUCGGCGGAUGAAGAUUCACAACUAAGACUCCGACUGAAACGAAAACUUCAACGAAAUCGAACCUCGUUCUCCACCGAACAAAUCGAACAACUAGAAAAAGAGUUCGAACGCACUCACUAUCCCGACGUGUUUGCUAGGGAACGUCUAGCAGAGAAGAUUGGUCUGCCAGAAGCCAGGAUACAAGUCUGGUUCUCCAACCGAAGAGCCAAGUGGCGGCGAGAGGAGAAGCUCCGCAACCAGAAACGUGAUCCCAACGCUCCCCCGUCGCAUAAUUCGACGACGGGAGCGGUCGUCAGUGGCGGCAAUUCUGUCGGCACAGCGCUCUCGAGCGAUGGCGGCCUAAACAACAAUAAUAAUAAUGGUGGUAACGGCGCCACAUCCCACAAUGGAACAGAGAGCAAUGUUUUAAAUGGACCCUCCAAUGGGGGUGUGGGCGGAAGUGGCACAGGAUCCGAUUCACCUCUCACACCUGGUCCCACACCCCCGACUUCAUCGGUGACUGCUGCUGCCAUGGCAUCCAGGCUUCCGUUCCAAUCGAGCUUCAACUCGAUGUAUCCAUCGAUACCUCAACCAAUUGGAAGCAUGGCCGACUCGUACUGUCCCAGUAGCUUCAGCAGCAGCUUGUCGAGUAUGUCAGCCCAGACGUGUCUUCAACAACAGAGAGAUGCCGCAGCCUAUUCAUACUCAAUGUUCCAUCAUGAUCCACUCUCACUGUCGUACGGACGGUCUUGUGGAGCGGCUCAGACCAACCCGCACAUGGCCAAUUACGGGUCAUCUCUGUCAGGUGGGCCUCAUGGCUCUUCUCAAGGAGUACUCUCACCGGGAUUGUCGGUCCCACUUCAAGUUCCAGGGCAAACGCCCGACUUGACCUCAAACUAUUGGCCCCGAAUUCAAUGAGAGGACCAACACCCGACAGAGGUCAAAUAAGUUCCUAAGCUCAGUCUACAAGCAGAAAAAAACAAGAGACGACAAUGAAGACAAUGAGAAGGAGGACAUGCUGAAUUUUCUGGCCUUCGACCUCGAUUCCUUUCAGCCUCGAGCCUCGAGUCUCCUCCACCUUUUUUUCUUUCCCCUCUUAACGAACCACUGGGAGAGAGAGAAAGAGAGAGAGAAUCGUGACAGGGAAAAACGAAUGACCUCCGUUUUUCUUCCUCCUAACCUAGUCGAUGAUGAUGAAGAAGAAGAAAGUAAUAAUAGCCAUGAUGAACAUGAUGUUUUCAAGAGAGUCUUUCCAGCGAUUCACUCUUUUUCGGUCAGGCCGAAUGAUAUACCGAUGAUCCCCGAAUUCCUUCCUCCCCCUUUUUAUUUAGAACUUCACCAAUUAGAAGACAAGAUUCUUCUCAAACUACUCAAGGAAUCGAGAGGAAGGACGUGAAGAAAAGUUAUACUUAUAUAUGUUGAUAUAAUACCUACUCUCAGUCAAUGGAAUGGAAACCGCCAGAUUAAUAUUCAUGAUAAUCAUGAGAAUGAUGAUGAUUAUCACCAGAAUCAAGACGCCGAGCUGCUUGAUGACGAUCUUACAUUGACGGCAAUGAUUAUGUAAAACUUGCUCCACUAGGUCUUUAUUCUUGUAAAUCCGACACAAACUGGUCGUCUUGUUAGAUGACGACCCAAUCUCCAUUUCCAAAACAAAUUUUCCCUGAAAAAUAUGUCGAGUGUGAAUUCCGAUGAUGCCAAGUGUGAAUGGUCUCCUCUGCUUGAAGGCCGGGGGGGGCAAGUCAAAAACAGCCUGUUUUAGUUCUAAAUCAGAUUUCCCAGUCACCUUUACGAAUCUUGAAGAAAAUGCCACACCUCCGACCAUGAACAAAAGAUUUAACAGUUUAUGUUGUGAGACUUUGUUAUCCUCCUUAGAUGUGCAAAAGGUCGCUUAGAGUUAAUAUUCAUUCAUCAUAAUGCUGGUAUGACUGUAAACUAUUUUGUAAAUACAAUCACCCAUCCCGUUACAUGGACCAGGAUUGAUUGGAGAGGCGUUCAAUCCCUUCUCCAUAGUACAACAUGGCCUUGCAGAAUCCGGGAUGGUCUUUCACUUAUACGAUGCAUUCGAAAUUGACUUAAUAGACACCAAGACGAGCAAUUCAAAUGAUGAUCAAUAAAUUCUAUGAGUAUGAAACCACGAAGGAAUAUUUAUUUGUAUACUGCGUCGCUCGCUGGAUCUCCUUAUCCUCCCA